AUCAUAUAUGUGCAUUGAACCCCUUGAAUUAUAUUUGGAUUUAAAAAGUUUAAGACGAGGAAUUGUUAAAAUUGUUAAUUCUGAUGAACCUUUUGGAAUCUUGUUACACGACAGUGGAAUCGUUCCAGUAUCAACCCAAGUAGCGAUAGUUCAUCCUGAAACACGGCGUCCAUGCCACACUAAUGAACUUGGUGAAAUUUGGAUAUCAUCAGAUGCCAAUGCAAAAUCAUCUUAUGGUUCAAGUGAUCCUUUAGAACGAGCCAAAUUUUCUGCGACUAUCGAAGGCGGAGUUGACCAAAGACUAUAUUUAAGAACGGGAGACUUGGGAUUUUUGCACACAGUCCGUAGGCCUGUUAGAGAUAAUGGUUCAUUGGUAGAAUUUCAAUACCUGUUCGUUUUAGGCCCAAUUGCAGAAACUUUUGAAGUUAAUGGACUAAUGCAUUUCCCUGUUGAUAUUGAGUUUACUGUUGAACGAUGUCAUAGUUUGAGUUCUCCUGGUUUAAUUCCACCCCAUGGAUGCGUGGUAUUCCAAGCUAAUGACGAUACAGUUUGUACAGUUGAAGUUCGAUCUGUUGAAGGAAUUUUGAAUUUGGUUCCUUGUAUAAUAAGUUCUAUAUUGGAUGAACAUCAAUUCAUCAUAGAUGUAAUAGUAUUUAUUAGUAAUGGUACUUUACCAAAAUCACGGUUAGGAGAAAAGCAACGAGCAAAAGUUAUGGAUAGUUGGUUACGCGGAACUCUAU